AUGGCCCUGCGCGAGCUGCCCUCCCGCACGCUGACGGCCCUGUGCAGAGACGCCCGCCCCGCUGUGCGCGCGACCCAGCCGCUGUGCCGUCGCAACGCCUCGUCUGAUGCAGCCCAAGAGGUGGAAUCCGCGUCGUCGUUUGAGGCACCACCGCUCGCCGAGGAGCUGGUCAAGGACUAUGACCCAAUGGCGCGCAGCCGGCUGAGGCGACGGGGCAAGAAGGAACUGCCGCCAAGCAGAUACCAGUACCGCUCGCCCAAGUACUACCGCGGGCCCCUCCACCCCCACCAGCCCCCGCCAGCCUCGGACCCCUCGUCGCGACUCUUCCAGCCGGGGCCCUUUACCCUGCCCCGCCUCGAGCAGACGUACCAGAGCACCAUCGCCUCGGACAUCCUCGCCCUCACCUACCAGCACUAUCCGCCCGGCUACCGCGCCCCCAAGACGGAGCAGCGACUGCGCGAAUGGACGGGCGACUCGCCAUACUACAAGGGCCGUCCGCUGCGAGGGCCGCGGGGUAAGGGUGAGGUGCUGCGCUUGCUCAACGCGCCGCGCACAUUCCGCAACAUCCCGAAGAUCACAAAGGUCGUGGUCCACUCCAUGGUCCCCGAAGCCCAGGAGAGCAGCGCUGUCCUGCACGUCGCCGGCAUGACGCUCCAGGCCAUCAGCAACGUGCGUGUGGUCCCGCACAAGGCCAGGCACAAUGUUGUCGGAUGGAACCUGCGCGAGGGCAGAUAUGUCUCCGUCACCUCGACCCUGGAGCGUGAAGACGCCGACCACUUCCUGGCCAAGCUCAUUGACGUCGUGCUGCCCAAGAUCAAGGAGUGGAAGGGUGUGCCCGGCUCGUCGGGAGAUGGACACGGCAACAUGACCUUUGGUCUUACUCCCGACCAACUUGCUCUCUUCCCGGAGAUUGAAGUCAACUACGAUGCCUACCCCCCAAAGAUGAUUCCUGGCUGCCACAUCACCAUCUGCACAGAUGCCACGAGCAACAAGGAUGCUCGUCUGCUUCUCCAGGCCAUUGGCAUUCCAUUCUACGGCAAGCUCAACGAUUAA